CCGGCCCACAGACAUCCGUCAGCCCAUCUAAUCAACGAACGACUUUGAUCUCGCCACGUGCACAUUAGUACAUGAUCCAGAGAUGCUAAUCGUGCAGAAGACCAUCUUUGAUCCUUUCUUUAAACUAAAGCAAAAACUAAGCAAAAAAAUCCACACAAACCCUCACUGCUUAGAUCUCGCCGUGAUCACCUUCCGUACAACACUCGCCGGAAUCGGUCGAUCGGAGAUCAUACAGACGCCGAACAAGGACUUCUGGAUGCCAAAAGCUCCAGGAAAUUCAAAUGAUAGUGAUAUAGCUCACAAUAACCCUCCUAGAAGCGACCUCAAUAGUUCUCAACAAUGGUUCAUGGAAGGUGCUGAAGCAGAAUUAUUUCCCAACAAGAAGCAGGCAGUUGAAGUUCCACACCCCAAUUCAUACACUGCACUUUUAAACUCAAACAUUUCUUCUUGGGGAAAUUCUUCUAGUUUCCACUCCCAAUUCACAGAAAGGCUGUUUGAUGAUGAAACAUCAAGUAUCAGUUACAGUGGGAUUAGAAAAGUCAAAGUCAACCAAGUCAAGGAAUCCGAGGGUUUUGUAUCUGUUUCUUUGGGACAUACCUAUUCCACAGGAGAUAAUAUUAAUAAUACCAUCAAUGAUCAUGCUUAUAGCAAGGCUGAUGAUGAGUCCAUAACAAUGGGGCUCUCUUUUGAUAGAGGAAAUGACAGCAUGAUAUCAAUGGCAGACACUUUCAACAGGGGGGACAACAGUUUUAUGUCAAUGGGUGAGCCUUAUAGUUGUCCAUCUGCCAGCAAGGAUAAUAGCAAUAUUACAACAAUGACUCAAUCUUUCAUCAAAGAGGAUGAUAAUAACAUAGCUAUGGUUGCCUUCAAUGAACAUAGUAAUGCUUUAUUGAUGGAUCAGGUUUUCAACAAGGAUGACACAAUGAGCAAAACUGAUAGCAGUGGUUUAUCAAUGAGACACUCUUUUAGCAAAGUUGAAAACAAUAUCAUCUCUUUUGGUGGCUUAAGUGAUGAUGCUGAUAACAUGAAUUCUUCCGGAAGGCUUGUAUGCAAUUAUGACUUUUUAAUGGGACAGCCUUCAGUUCAAAGAUUAGAAGAACAUGGUUUUUCUGAAUCUACAAGUGAUGCACUUGUUAGUGGUGUACAAGUAGAUACUAUUUUAAGGAAAAAAGAUCAAAAAGGAAAUAAAAAGGCACCUCCUAAUAAUUUCCCUUCAAAUGUCAGAAGUCUUUUAUCGACCGGUAUGCUAGAUGGGGUUGCUGUGAAGUACAUUGCAUGGUCAAGAGAGAAGGAGCUUCGUGGUGUUAUCAAAGGUGCUGCCUAUCUUUGUGGUUGUCAAUCGUGUACUUUCUCCAAGGCUAUUAAUGCUUAUGAGUUUGAACGCCAUGCUGGAUGCAAAACAAAGCACCCAAAUAAUCAUAUUUAUUUUGAGAAUGGAAAGACAAUAUAUGGGGUUGUUCAAGAGCUGAGAAACACGCCUCAGAGUGUGUUAUUUGAUGUUAUUCAGACAAUAACCGGAUCCCCAAUCAAUCAAAAAUCUUUUCGACUUUGGAAAGAAUCAUUCCUGGCUGCUACACGUGAGCUUCAGCGGAUAUAUGGGAAGGAAGAAGGAAAGAUUGUAUCAUAGAUCUGAUUUUAGUAAGGGGUGGAGUGGAGAAUGGAGUUAGAAAUUUACAAGUUUUUCCAAUAUGAUUGUUGGUAAGUUUCUUGUGGCCGAUGUAAAUUCCUUUUGUUAAAAUUGUGUGUUUUUGUAUAACAAUGAUGAAGUCAGCUCAGUUAACCUUAAAAAAACACCCCCCUCGUUUUCAAAAUCGUUAUAAAAAUUGAAAUUUACCCAUUAGGCACUCAAAACUUUGACAUUUGUGCUUUCCUCAUAGGCAAUGCACCAAUAAAAACUUUAGCUAGAA